UUGUCUUUUGACGCUUCUGAAAUAAUCUAAAUCUAACUUCAAAUGUUUAAAAAUGCUGAACAGCUUCCACAUUGUCUUUAUUAAGCUAAAAUUAAGCCCAGAUAAAAAUAAAGUGCGCUCCAUGGUUCAGCAGGCUCUAAAGCAGGUGUGGACAGUUCCAGCCCAUCUGUGCUGGUUUCAGAUGUUUCCCUGCUUGGAGGCACCUGAAUUCAAUAAAUUGGUCAUUAACAGAAAACGGUGAUGGGUGGAUAAGAUCACUGAUGUCGAUGGGAUUAUUGUCCUGUUUCAUAAUCCAGUUUUUUCAAAUCUUUUAUCUGUGGGCAAGAUUUGACUUUAUGCAAUACAGGUGAGUUCAAGGUAAUCUUGAUUAAUGGAGUUUCCCUGGGAGAGGGUGUACUUCAAAUUUCACUGUAAGCUCUUCUGGUUUUGUUUUGUUGAAUGAAUGAAAUUUGUCGUUGAGGUUUUAGUGUCUUUGGAAACUUAACAUCAGAACAUUUUUUUUUUAUAAUGGCCCAAUCUAUAAAACACAGGAAUAAAAAUAGUGUGUCAUUUGUUUCUGAAAAUUAAACCAAAAAAAAAAAAAAAAACCUACAGAUGUUUCUAAAAUUAUUCAACUCCCACUGUAAAUGUGAUUUGCUAAAAUAUUCAAUUUCAGCUAUUUACAAUAAGAAAAUAGCAACCAGUGUUGGAACUGCUUUUUCACAAUUAGUCAAAAUAAUCCGACAUACGUCUUUACUAAUUAUCUCACAACUCUUUGGAUUUAUAAUGUCCUGCAGAUAUGAUAUGUAAGCCAGGCACUGCCUGGCAGCAUUCCUUUAAUUUAGCCCUUCAAUAGAGUUAAUCAAUUAUCACUUUACUAUAUUCCAGUAUGUGUUUAAAACCAAUUCUUGGUAGACUUUCAGAUAGUCCCGGGAUUCAGUGAUAUCUGGGGUUGAGUUCCCUACAGACUAUGUUCCCGUUUUUCCCAGGAUUUCCAUGAAUUCAUCUUUCCAACUACACACAGCACACUUUGUCGUCCCUUUUUCUUUUCAGUGUAUGCUUCAUUCUUCUUCCUGCAGACAUGCUGCUAAUUUGAAGGUCUGACACAUUCCAGUUUUGAAUGUGUCAGAAUCCCAAAACCUCUUUGUGUUAUUUAUACUUUUUUUAGCAUAGAGGGCCUGAUGGCUCCUGGACUUUUGGGACAGUAGUGACGUACGCCUUUGAGUUCAAACGUACAACCCUUCAGCAUUUAGUAUGUACCUUGCUGUACAAACCGAAGGUCAUUUCCAGUCAAUUGAGGGUUUUUGGCAACUUCAAGAAUCAAGCAGCAGGCAUCUUUAGCUUGUUUGGUUUCAUCUGUUAAAGCCAUUGGUUGAUUUGAUCAGCAGUACCUGCAACCACACCUGAUUUGCAAAUGUUUGUUUUUAUGACGGCUGAAUAAUCUUGAGGCUGCUGUUGUCAUUGAAAAUGGCAACUGCACAAAAUUUCCAUGUGACAUUAGUUAUAGCCAAUGAAACUGUUUUGUGUGUUUAUUAAGCAAACAAUUUUCUUUUAAAUUUUGCAAUUAAACUUUAUCUUCAGUGGAGGUUGAAUAAUUUUAGGAUCACCAAGAUGAAGGACCGCUGUCCUCAAGACAAAUCUCAAUGGAAGACAUCUAAAUGUAAAUGUAAUAUUUUUAAAUUAUAGAGCUCACAGCCCUGCGGAACUCCAGACUCGUAAAAGUUUUAUUCAUUUCUUGUUCUUUCAUGAGAUAAACCCCUGUUCUGCGGACUCUCUUGUUCAGUUAGCAUUGCAUAGAUAAUUUUCUCACAGUGAGAGCGGGUGAGCCAGAGUUGUCAUUGCUGUUGCCGUCUAAUUCUUGUGAGCUGUCUUGAAUUGAAUGACAUCAUGCCGGAAAUAUUUUCUGGGCCCAGCUGUUGCAUAAACAGGGUGGAUGUUUUGGACUCUGGUUCUCUGGGUUGAACUGCUUUCUGCAGAGCUUCUCUUGAAGAAUAUUAAAUCUCUAGUUCACUGAACAUUCAUGAAGGAUCACUGCUGAACCUUAAAAGGAGAGGCAGAGCUGAAUAAUGACCCGAGGACAUGAUUUCUCAAGUGUGCCCAUUAUGCUCCAGAUGUGUGUGAUCAUCUGUUUGCUCUCAGCCGUCUUCUCUCAGUCAACAAAUUCCUCAUCAAAGAGAGGUCGUAAUUUCCCCAUCCAUUCCUCUCAGCUGGUUUGCAGUCUGCCUGGCCCAGCAGGGCCCCCGGGAUUCCCGGGAGCUCCUGGAACCCCAGGGUCCAUGGGCCCUAUGGGUCCGCCAGGGUUGGAUGGUCCAGAUGGAAAAGAUGGAGAAAAGGGAGAAAAGGGAAACGGAGGUGAUCCAGGUAGACCUGGGAACCCUGGGAAGCCCGGGGUGAAAGGCCGUGAAGGUGUUAUUGGUAAAGCAGGACCUCGGGGAGCAAAGGGGCUGCGUGGAUCACCAGGUGUGGCUGGAAAACAAGGGAAGAAAGGGGAGCUGGGUGACAGGGGCCAGGAAGGACCUCCCGGUGGUUGUAACUGUGGCACUGCGGCUCGGUCAGCCUUUUCUGUGGCCGUAACAAAGAGUUAUCCAAAAGAACGAAUGCCGAUCAAUUUCAGCCGGAUUUUGCUUAAUGAAGGGAAUCACUACAAUGCCAGCAGCGGGAAGUUUGUCUGUCAGAUCCCUGGAGUCUAUUAUUUCACCUAUGAUAUAACACUGGCCAAUAAGCACUUGGCUAUAGGACUGGUGCAUAACGGUCAAUACAAGAUCAAGACUUUUGAUGCCAACACGGGGAACCAUGAUGUGGCAUCUGGCUCCACUGUUCUCAACCUGAAGCAGUCAGAUCAGGUGUGGCUGCAGAUCUUCUACUCAGAGCAGAAUGGACUCUUCUUCGACCCCUUCUGGACAGACAGCACCUUCACUGGGUUUCUCAUUUACGCUGAUCAGGAGUUUCUCAAUGAGGCGGAUAAAAAGGCAAAUAGUGAGGAUGACAGUUGACAUUAUAAUCCCGAAUGAAUCCAAUCAUCUGAUUUAUUACAGAUCAAAUCCGAACAAUGCAGCCUGGACUUGCUGAAAACGUGUUGACACAAGGGGGCGCAAAAGUAAAGAAAAUAAAUCAUGAAAAAGACUCGAACUAAAAAGGUUUUGUGACUGCAGUAGUAAUGUGUCCAACUUGCUUUAAAUAUUUACCAGCGGUGUCUGGGCGGAUUGAUCACUUUUGUUUUGCUCUUAUGAUGGAAGAAGCCUCUGUAAUUAGUCAAUUUCCAUUUUUACAGAACUGUGCAUUCUUGAUGGUUAGUGUAAAUAGUUUUAUUUCAAUAAUAAUAAUAAUAAUAAAAGAUCAAUGCUUGAAAUAUAAGGAAGCUGAAGUUUAGUGUAUGAAUAAAAUCCAAAA